AUGUCGAAAAUAACAAGACCUAGUUCCUUGCGAGUGUUUAGCUUGUGUGUGAUGAUUUUUGUGUUAAAUUACGUAAAUUGCAAUACAUUUGUCAAUGAAUUGUUGCUAAGUGAACAUCAUCAUGUGCAUUGUACUCACGAGCACCCCAAAGAAGAUCAAGUCGUCCGUGGAGUGCACAUAGAAGCCGCUCAUCUAGUUAAGAAGAGAAGUAUAGAUCAGCCCCUUAGGAUAAGCAUAUUCUAUGACCACUCUGUAUAUAGAUUAGAACCUGAGAAAUUCGAUAUGAUAAAUAAUACAAUAUUACCGGAGGCUGUGAAGUUUUGGGAGCAAGCUCUAAAAGUCCGGAAGACUGGGGGCCCGAUCAAACUUAACAGGAAAUGUCCAACGCGACAGGUGUUUAUACGAGGUGGAAGGUCGCACUGCAUUGACUCCUGCAACGCUGAGACCAUGUGUGGGGAAGUCAGAGUACCAGAAUAUCACUUAAAUCCUUGUUACGUUUGCAACAGUACCGGCCACAACUGCCGCGCCCUCCCUCGCCAGCGAAUCAGGUUCGAAGAGGAACUAGACCUGACCACAGAGGUUAAUGACAACGCCCUAAACGACGGGGCAGAUAUAACAGCCCCAGCUGAAGAGUAUGAGGAACCAAAGGGAGUAGAAGAUACAGAUUUCGUUCUGUACGUGAGUGCAGUAGAGACUGAAAGGUGUAGACGCGGCUUGACUGUGGCGUAUGCGUCACACUGUCAGCAGGAGUCGGCUUUGGACAGGCCUGUAGCGGGACACGCGAACUUCUGUCCGGGCGAGCUGUCCACCAACUAUAGGGACUUACCAUCUGUGCUUUCAACAGUGAAACAUGAAAUGCUGCAUGCUCUUGGCUUCAGUGUUUCGCUAUUUGGGUUCUACCGGGACGACAAUGGAGAACCGCUGACUGAAAGGCGAACUGACACCGGGGAUCCGCCAUUAGAUGAAGAGUUACAGAUUCACAAGUGGUCGUCUAGAGUUGUCAAAAACAUCACCCGUAAGAACUGGAUGGUCAGGGGAGGGUAUAUGGAGCGGACCUUUCAUAUGAUCGUCACCCCUCGGGUCGUUAAAGAGGUGCGAGAGCACUUCAACUGCUCGAAGCUAGAGGGCGCUGAGUUGGAGGACCAGGGGGGUGAUGGAACCGCCCUCACGCAUUGGGAGAAGAGGGUUUUCGAGAACGAGGCCAUGACUGGGACGCACACGCAAAAUUCCGUGUUCAGUCGGAUCACCUUCGCAAUGAUGGAGGACACGGGCUGGUACCGCGCGGACUAUUCCCACGCUGCCCCCUUGUAUUGGGGGAAGAACUUGGGCUGUAGAUUCGCGAUGGCCUCCUGCAAACAGUGGCUGAACACUCAAAGGUUGAGACGUAAGAAUCCAGCGCCCUUUUGCGAGCGGGUGAAGGGUGAUCCGUUGAGGACAGAAUGCUCAGCGAGGAGGACAGCGGUGGUACUCUGUAACCUGGUGCGACAUGAUACCGUCCUACCGAGGGCCUAUCAGCACUUCGACAUUCUUCCCAACGUGCCCCCAGGUGACGAGGCCUACUACGGUGGCUCAGUUUCCCUGGCUGACUACUGCCCGUAUCUGCAGGAGUUCACCUGGAAACACAAAAGUGUACUUAUCAGAGGAAGUAGGUGUUCCUACGAGGAAAAUACGCCAAAGACUGAUGUGAACUUCGCCCUGGAGAACUACGGAGCGCACUCGAAGUGCUUCGACCAUAGCGACAGAGUCUGGGAGCAGAAGUCUUGCCGACAGAUUAGGGAAUGGCAACACUGGGGCUCCGGUUGCUACAAAUACAAAUGUCAAAGUGGGCGACUACACAUUAUGGUGGGCAACUACUCGUACACAUGUUAUUACGCGGGACAAGUCCUCCAAGUUAGAAUAAUGCAACGUGGUUGGCUGCAUCGAGGCGGAGUUGUCUGUCCGCCGUGUAGAGAGCUUUGCGGCGAGGAGUUUUCUUCUCGUGGAGAAUAUUGCAAAGGCGGCGAAGAAGCACCACCACCGAACCUAUAUCCCAACGACGUGUUAGUUUGUCGAGCACCCGCGCUUUCUCCUGUCGCCAUAUUGUUGACGGCGGCCAUUUUGUGCAUAUACAACGUAAUAUUUUGA